AUUCUUAUUAAAAUAUUUAUGUUAUAAGCCAAGUAAGCAAGGACUGGUAUAGUGAGUUGUACCUAACAGUGUUCUUGUAAAUAUUAAUUUCGUCUGGAUACAAUUCACUAAAUACCUUAUAAACGAUAAACUUUUUGAAUUGUAAUGUCAUAUUGUCCUUUAAGUUUUGGGACAAGUGUGAAACGUAUUAGUGAUUAUAAUUUUGUUUUGUGUUAUUAUUGUAUUAACUUGUUGUUUUAAUGUAGUUUUAAAUAUUAUGGAAGGAUAGUAGUAGACACUUCAUCUUAACUUAUUGUAUAAGUGAUUUAUUUCAUAUCAUUAUAUUUUAAGUGUGAAUUAUGUGUUAUUGUAAUUCAAAAUCAAGCAUAAUUUUUUAUUCAAUUAAAUUUAAAAAUACUUUGCCUACAUGAUAUUAAAAGUACAAUCUUAAUGUAGACAAUUUUUCAACAUAUUUUUCAAAAUGACUACAGUUAAUUAUGGAUGUUCUACUACACUAGAAAUAUAUAUCCGUGGUCAGUGGUAUAAUGCUAACAUUUCACUGGAUGAUGAUUAUCUGUGUAUUAGUUUAGAUGAAACUUAUGAAAAUUAUUCAUCAAUCAAUGGGUCACUUAAUAAUAACACCUUAGAUUCUUCUAGUGGAUUAAUUGGCUGUGUUGAUGUACCAGAUUCUGUAGCAAAUCAAAAACGACUAAUACGUGUAGUUAAAACUGAUAGCAAUGGACUGGGCAUAUCGAUUAAAGGAGGACGUGAAAAUAAAAUGCCAAUUCUUAUAUCAAAAAUAUUUAAAGGUAUGGCUGCUGAUCAAACUGAACAGCUUUAUGUUGGUGAUGCUAUUCUUUCUGUCAAUAAGCAAGAUUUAAGGGAAGCGACACACGAUGAAGCAGUUAAAGCACUUAAACAAGCUGGAAAAAUAGUUGAAUUAGAAGUUAAAUAUUUGCGAGAAGUUACUCCUUAUUUUAGAAAAGCUACUAUCAUAUCAGAAGUUGGAUGGGAACUACAAAAAGGAUUUUUAUCAUCUAGUCUACCUCCUCAUCGUUCUCCUCAAAAAUCUGAUUCUCGUUAUAUACCAUUGCAACUUUGUUGCUUAACACGAAACUAUAAACACAUUGACAAUGAAAAUAAAACAUUUGAACUACACUCUCCAGAUGGUAUUCAUUCUUGUAUUUUAAGAGCUCAUGAGACUAAUGAAGCAACAUUUUGGAUUCAUACUCUUCAUGGUGCUUUAAAUGCUCUUGCUUUAAAAGCUUUACAAGAUGCAAACAAAGUUCUAACAAAUUUACUUCCUUCAUUAGGUCAACUUCAUCAUCUCAGUUGGCUUUUUAAGAUUAAUCGUAAUGAGAAUGGUUGUUUGCAUAGUAUAAGUUCAGACGAAGAUUUUUCUACAAAUGAUAAAUGGCAACCAGUAUUUGGUGUAGUCACUAGUAAAGAGUUUCGUUUAUAUGAUGUAGCUCCAUGGAGUACAGAUGCUUGGUCUUCACCUACAUUUGUAUGUCCAUUACUGUCAACAAGGCUUAUGAAUUCUUCCCGUAACUCUGAAAUAAUUACAUUUAGUAUUCGUUGUGGAACAGAGGAAGGAAUCAUCACUCAUAGACUCAAAGUAGAAACACAAAGGGAUCUUGCAAGUUGGGCUAGAGCCAUUAUUCAUGGUUGUCAUAAUUCAGUUACUAACAGAAAAGAACUUGCUUGUAGAUGUUUAUGGAAAGGAAAACCAUCUCAACUUUUAAUUCAUUAUGAGAAUGGCUUCACUCUUUAUGAGUCAACAACAGGUUCUGUUGGACGGGAACCUAAAAAACUAUGGAGUUAUUCUUUUGAAAAGUUAAAAAUGUCUUCAGAUGAUAACAAUAGACUUUUAUGGCUAGAUUUUGGUGAUAACAUUGAAAUAGAAUUGGAUCUAGAAUGUAACCCAAAGCCACUAGUGUUCAUAUUGCAUAAUUUUCUAUCUGCCAAAAUUUACAGACUGGGUUUGUAUGCAUAAAGUUUAUGUAAUUGUUUAUUGUUUAUAAAACUAAAAGUUGUAAAACUUUUUAUCAUAAUUUAAUAUGAUAUAACAUUACA